UAAGUGUGUGUGUGUGUGUGUGUGUGUGUGUGUAGUGCCGGUAAGUGUGUGUGUGUGUGUGUGGGGGGUGCCUGAGUGUGUGUGUGUGUGUGUGUGUGUAUGUGUGUGUGUGAAAUGCAGACUUAUAUUUCGUUCUUGUUGCUCGUGAAUAGUGGUGGCGAUGUGACAUGGAGGUAGUGGAGAGCAUGGUCUCGAUGGAGACUGCACGUAGGCACAGGUGGAAGGUGUUGGCGCUAAGUGCUGUCAUUUUCCUUCCGUCGCUUCUCUACUGCACCUCGUUCUCUCAUAUUGCAAAUGGAAUCGAUAGACUGGGACGCAUUACUCAUGCGUCAUCAAAGCACCAGAAUGUGAUUGGCCCUAGACCACAAGAGGACUUAGUGUGGUGGGAAGCCGACGAUUGCCAAUGCCAGACAGAGGAAUGUCAUGAGCCCUCGGCUAUUUUCAAAAGCUCGUUAAAGGAAGAAGUAAACGGGACGUGUGGCCGACGACCAUGGAAUGCUGGCUCUAGAGUGUUGAGCUUCUCGCUCUUUGGCAACAAUCCAGAAUACUGGAAAGGAUUGGAAGACAUACUCUUGCAGGUAGAGAAACUUUACCCUGGUUGGAAGGUGCGUCUGUACACAAAGCCACGAUACAACGCAGCUGCCCUGUGUCCCUUGCUGCAUCGCUACAGCUCUUUGCUGUACAUCUGUGAUAUUACAAGCCUCCCACACCCUCUCGGUAACCUCUCCAAUGUGCACCCGACGAUGUGGCGAUUGGCGCCUCUUGGAGAUUCUAAAAUAACCGCUAUAUUGAUUCGCGACACUGACUCUCAGGUGAUCCAGCGGGAGGUGGCAGCGGUGGAGGAGUGGCUGGCAUCGGGGAAGAUGUUCCACGUGAUGAGGGACCAUCCCCACCAUACUGCACCCGUGCUUUUCGGGAUGUGGGGCGCCCGCUGGGACAUCAAUCCUGCAUCAGCCACCAAGUUAAGAAACCUCAGGGACAAGAUGAUGGCAAUGGCUGUGGGCAAGAGGAACUACGGUCUCGAUCAACAAAUCAUCAAGAAAGUCUUGUGGCCGACGAUGGCUGGCAGUUUGGUGGCACACGACAGCUAUAACUGCGAAUCAUUUAAGGGAUCUUCUCCGUGGCCCACGCAGCGAUCGGAAGGAGAUUUUGUUGGAAGACCAAGGUGUGUUGUGAUGCAGGCUUCCACAGGUGUGCUGUGGUCGUGCUUCUACAGGUGUGCUGCCACAAGUGUGUUGCGAUCCACAGCUCCACAGAUAUGUCGUGAUGUACAACUCUAGUUGAUCUCAAAAGAUACCGUAAAAGAUAUGAGAAUAGAACCUUAGACAAACCCUGUCCAGUGGCGUGCCGUCCCUCUGCCCAUCAAGACUGGAUAUACUGCUGAUACCGCCCCCCUCCUGCUGCUGGAAGAGAUUAUUAGUAUUGUCUGUAUUACUUGUAUUGCUGUGAUAAAGCUUAUAUUGUAUCCUGAUGUGUGUAAUCGAGAUAGAGAGAGAGAGAGAGAGAGAGAGAGAGAGAGAGAGAGAGAGAGAGAGAGAGAGAGAGAGAGAGAUUUAAAAGAAAUAAUAAAUAAUGAAUAACGAGCGCUAAACAUGAAUGGAGUAGAAUGUAUGGAAGGAAGUGGAGGAGGGAAGCCUACUCCUCUGGACAUAUUAGAGGUUUAUCUCUUAUUUAUAUGAUUUUCCUCUUGCCCGUCACUACACUCUCCAGGAUAUACAUGAUAUACAUUUCAAUCUAUGUUGUGAACUAUUAUGAUACUGAAGUUAACGAGUUACUUUAUUGUAAACGAUCUAGGGGUUAUUUGCUGGCGAGGCGUGCUACCUUAUUAUUUCUUCGUAUUCUAGGUCAUAAAGAUGAAUAUCAGUAUCUCUUUGGAUAGGCUGGUUGAAAAUAUGUUAAAAAAAAAAAAGAACACAUGUACAAUAAAUACAUCGUAGCUUAAAAAAAUAAAUAAAUAAAUAAAUAAUUAUAUAUAUAUAUAUAUAUAUAUAUAUAUAUAUAUAUAUAUAUAUAUAUAUAUAUAUAUAUAUAUAUAUAUAUAUAUAUAUAUAAUGAAUUGCUAUUGAACGAGCACGACAGAGAUGGUGAUGAGUGGCUGGCGGUGAAGGGAAGGCCGCUGACUGUCCUGCGUCUGGAAAGAAUCUUGCAGGUUGUGCAUUUUUCAUUUCUUGUAGUUCUCUCUCUCUCUCUCUCUCUCUCUCUCUCUCUCUCUCUCUCUCUCUCAUUGAUACUCAUACACUUAGGUAACAUUUCGGUUCAUGUGUCCCUAUUAAGAUUGAGUAACUAUUCUCACCUAGGCAGCGGUACUACCCAGCUAGAGAAUCAAGUCAAAACUAACCAGGUAGUUAAUUAAUUACAAGUGCGUUCGAGCAUGAACCACUUGAUAAACUUCAUAUUCUUGUACUUUCCAUCCAAACUUAGUAGAUUAUUUUUGUGUGAAAAUUUUUAAACUAGUACACUGAAAAGAGACACUACAGUGUUCUGGAAGAACUAAGAAGGGCAUUAGAUCAUAGACAUAUUAUGAGUCAGUGAAGAAAACUUGAUACUUUCAGAACCAUUUGUCAGUGGUCAGUUACCUGCUUCGCUUUGCUACUAAGCUAGUUUCCUUUUUCGCUACGUUCCUUCCCAACCCUCAGUCUUUUGUUGGUUACAAGGAAGGAAGGGUGUGGACUCGCUGGUCUAUUCUCUUUUUCGUCGGCUUUUCAUCGUUUUCCGUCUGGUCCGGGCAUGCGUCCUGUAGAGGUAUUUAUUGUGUGUGUAUGUAUACUUCUUAAGUUGUGAAAUGUGUAGAUAUUUUUUUUCCCCCAUUUCUUGGUAAUUAAAAAGCAUAGCGUGAAUGGGUUCGCAGGAAAUUGGGUAUAUACGCCAUUUUUGUGUUAGCACCUUUAAUGUGUUUACUUGCUUGUCUGAUUAGUCUCCUGUAUUGAGAAAUAAAGUUCCGGUUUAUUUCCCUUAAACAUA